UUGGGAUACAGCCUUUGAUAUUAGCAGCUGUUAAAGCACGUCUUCUUUAAAACAACCGACGUCUAAGAAUCAUUUAUAAGCGUUUGACUUUCAGCUAGUUUCAUAUCCCGUGCUACAAGUGUUUCGCAACCAACCACACACACACACACACACACACACACACACACACACACACACACACACACACACAGAGAGAGCUAUGAGCUUUUUCGGCUUUGGCCAAAGCGCAGACAUCGACAUAGUGUUAAGCGACGCUGAGACGAGGAAAAAAGCUGAGCACAAGAGUGAAGAUGGCAAAAAGGAGAAAUAUUUCCUUUUCCUUGACGGUGAAACGGUGAGCGGUAAAGUCAACAUCACACUGAAAAACCCAGGGAGGAAACUUGAGCAUUAUGGCAUCAAGAUCGAGUUCCUCGGACAGAUCGAGUUGUAUUAUGACAGAGGGAACCACCAUGACUUUGUUUCCCUGGUUAAGGAUCUCGCGCGACCAGGAGAACUUUCCAACUCCCAGUCUUUCGACUUCGAGUUUUCUCAUGUGGAGAAACCAUAUGAGUCAUACACAGGCCAGAAUGUGAAGCUAAGGUACAUACUUCGUGCGACGAUAAGCCGCAGAAUGACCAACAUCACCAAGGAAAUGGAUAUCGUAGUGCACACGCUGUGCACAUACCCCGAGUUAAACUCAUCUAUCAAGAUGGAGGUUGGCAUUGAAGACUGUCUGCAUAUUGAGUUUGAGUACAACAAAUCCAAAUAUCACUUGAAAGAUGUGAUUGUGGGGAAGAUCUACUUCCUUCUUGUGAGGAUAAAAAUAAAGCACAUGGAGAUUGAUAUAAUAAAGCGAGAGACAACGGGUACGGGACCCAGCGUCUAUCAUGAAAACGAAACCAUUGCCAAAUACGAGAUUAUGGAUGGAGCACCAGUGAGAGGCGAAUCGAUACCCAUCCGGUUAUUUCUUGCCGGCUACGAGCUGACUCCCACCAUGAAAGACAUAAAUAAGAAGUACUCUGUCCGAUAUUAUCUGAACCUGGUCCUUAUAGACGAGGAGGAGAGACGCUACUUCAAACAGCAGGAAAUCACACUGUGGAGAAAAGGAGACAUCGUCAAGAGGAGUAUGUCCCAACAGGCCGCCAUAGCAUCUCAGAGGUUUGAAGGAUCGAAAACUGGCAGUGUUGUGGUUAAUGACAAUGUUCAGUGAAAUGCUAGUGGUUUCUAUUUAAAAA